AUGCGUUCAACAGCUGUAAGAUUAGUUAGACAACGCCGUCCAACAAGAAAUGAAUCUCCAUUACUUCCACCAUUAGUAUUAUACCGUAGUAUAUUACGAGCACAUGUUCAUAAAUUGCCCAAGGAUCUACGUUCAUUGGGUGAUCAUUAUGUUAAGGAUGAGUUCAAAGCACAUAAGAAGAUAGAUAAUCCUUUACAUAUUGUUGCAUUUUUAACCCAAUGGCAAGAUUAUUUACGUCAAAUAGAUCACGGUAGUUGGUUACAUAAUAAAUUAAAACAUGAGGAUUUGGAAAAAAUGUCCCCUGACCAAAUUGGACAACUUUAUGAAUUAAUGAAAGCAGCGAAAAGAGUUGAUGAAGAUGGCGAACAUACAGAGUAA